CCAGGCACCUGAGGGCCCAGGUCAACACUGCUGCAUCACUUCAGCGCUGCCGGAGCUGAGAUGGGGCACCUGAGGAUCUACGCUCUUUCUGCUGUUUUAUCGUGGCUGCCUUUUGCACACUCCUCUGCAGAUUUGCCCAUGUGCAAAGGGUCUGAUUAUCACUUUGAGUAUACAGAGUGUGACGUACUCGGGUCAAGGUGGAGGGUAGCGAUUCCCAACAAAGCAGAGACAUGCACAGGCCUCCCGGAUCCAGUCAAAGGGACUCUCUGCACAUUUUCUUGCAGUGAAGGAGAGUUCCUCGACAUGCAGUCGCAGCAGUGCCAGAAGUGCGCUGCAGGCACCUACUCAUUGGGAACCAGCGUUGCCUUUGACGAGUGGGACAUCCUACCAACGGGCUUUAUUACUCAUGGGAUGACGACAAGUGAGGGGAAUGCCUUCAUAAACUGUUCCAACUCUACCUGGACACCAAAGGGUGAAUAUGCAGCCUCCAACACAGAUGAGUGCACUGCAACACUCUCUUAUGCUGUGAGCCUGAAGACACCUGGAGCCUUGUCCUUUGAAUAUUUCUACCCGGACAGCAGCAUCUACUUUGAGUUCUUUGUUCAGAACGACCAGUGUCAGGCCACAGAUUCUGACAGCCGCUGGAUGAGGAUUUCAGAGAGAAACUGGAGCCACUACAAGAUAGAGCUGAGCACAGGCAACAAUGUUCUGUACUGGAGAACCACAACAUUUUCUCUACUGGGUAGUGCUGUCAAGCCUGUGCUGUUAAGAAACAUCCAGGUCUCAGGGGUUGCCUACACAUCUGAGUGUUUCCACUGUAAGCCAGGCACACACAGCUCGACAGCAGGAUCCGCCCGCUGCGCCCCCUGCCCUGCAGAUACGUACUCCAACAAGGGGGCCACCAUUUGCCACGACUGUGAAUCAGACAGCUAUGCUGCACCUGGCUCAGGGAGCUGCAAGCCAAGGCCUGCAUGCACGGAAAAUGACUACUUUUACACCCACACCCCCUGUGACUCUGAGGGAAAGACUCAGCUCAGGUACAAAUGGAUCGAACCAAAGAUUUGCAGUGAGACUGUCGAAGGAGCGGUGAAGCUGCCAGCGUCAGGGAAGAAGCAGACGUGCCCACCGUGCAACCCGGGCUUCUUUGUGACUAACUCCUCAGCGUGUGAGCCCUGCAGCAACGAUUCCUACUCAGAUGGAAAAGUUUGUGAGAAGUGCCCUGUUGGCACAGAGCCACUGCUGGAAUUUGAGUACAAAUGGUGGACCACCAUGCCGAGGAACAUGGAGAGCUCCGUCCUCCACCAGGAGUUCAGCAACUCAGACCGGAGAACCGCAUGGGAAGUGGCUGGAGAGUACAUCUACACCACACCGGGGGUUCAGGACACCGACUACCUGACGCUGACCCUCAAUGUUCCUGGAUACAGGGCUCAGACCACGGGUAAAGACAAUGAAAUGAGUGAACUGUCUCGCAUCACCUUCGUAUUUGAAACCCUCUGUACGGCUGACUGCAAAUUUUACUUCCUAGUGGGCUACAAUAAGUGGAAUAAUUAUUUGGUGGAGCAGUGGAAAGGCAGAAACAGUAAGCAGUCGUACUCCUACUUGAUCCAGAGUAACAACACUGUCAGCUUCACCUGGACCUUUCAACGCACUGAGGAAUUCAGCAUAGACAGGAACCUUAGCACCGAUUCUGCAAAGAUCUACUCCAUCCACAUCACCAAUGUGAUUGGAGGAGUGGCCUCUCAGUGUCGCCGCUGUGCUGUGACGCCUGAUAAGACCGACUCCUCCUGUGUUCCCUGCCCACCUGGACACUACAUGGUCAAUGUCACAGGAGCGUGUGAGAGCUGUCCGCCAAACACCUACAUCAGAUCCAUUCAGCCCGUUGGAGAGGCAGCGUGUGUCCAGUGUGGACCAAACACAGAGAGAAACAGGGCCUACACAACUUGUCUCAGCGACUGCACGUUCAGGGUUCAAAGCAGUGGAAAGGCUGUGCAGACCUACGAUUUCUCUCUGCUGUCUAACGUCACCAGCUUCACCGGCAGUCCACGUUUCACCAACAGAGGCCUGCGGUAUUUUCAUCACUUUAAUGUGAAUCUGUGUGGGAGAGAGAGUCGAGUGCCAGCCUCCUGUGUGGACAACGUAACGGAGAGUGGGAAAGUGGUCAAAGGCUAUGUCUGUCAGUCCACUGUGGUUCCUUCUGACAUCCGCAGUCAGAGCAUGGUGUCCUCACAGCCAUUCGUCAUUGGUGACACACUCAUUGGUGUGACCACCGAGACGACUCUGGGAGGCAUCUCCUCUCCAUCAUGGAUGUUUCCCUCAGCUUCACUUCAGCUGCCAGAUGUCAUAUUCUAUUACAAGUCCAGUGAUACAACCCAAGCUUGCAAACAGGGCAGGUCAGCCACUGUCAGACUUCGAUGCAACCCCACAGCCAACAUUGAAGACCUCAUCACGCUGCCCAGUAAAUGUUCUGAGGGGACGUGUGAUGGUUGCACUUUUCACUUCCUGUGGGAGAGCCAGCACGCAUGCCCGCUGUGCACCACAGAUCACUACCGAGAGAUUGUCAGCGCUUGCAUCCAGGGGAUCCAGAGAAUAACCUAUGUGUGGCAGCAGCCUCUGCAGUGUUAUGGAGGAGAAUCCCUGCCACCACAAAAAGUCAGUGCUUGUGUGACUAUGGAUGUCUGGCUCAAGCUUGGCGUUUCCAUAGGACUGACUGCUGCUCUGCUUCUCAUCAGCCUCAGUUGUUAUUUUUGGAAGAAGACACGCAAGCUGCAGUAUCAAUACUCCAGGCUGAUGAUGAGCUCUGAAGGUAAAGAGUGUGAGCUACCGACUGCUGACAGCUGUGCGAUAAUGGAGGGAGAGGACGCUGAGGAUGACCUCAUGGAUCUUACUCAUAAAUCCUUCUUUACCAAAAUAAAGUCUUUCUCACGAGAGAGAACAUCAGAUGGAUUUGACUCAGUUCCACUCAAAUCUUCUUACAAGCACCAACAAGAGGAUGAAGAGGAGGAGGACUGAUGAUGCUGAAAGAGGAUGAUAAGUAGCUCUUUGAACACUGAACAAGCCUUCAGUUUUAGAGUUUCAAUGUCUGUGCAUAUGUUAAGAGUUUUUGUAAAGUAAAACAGGGUGCUUAA